GUCCAGUCCUAAUGAACCACUUUCAUACAUGAAUGGGGAAAACCCUAAAUGACACUCUCGCAUCUCUCUAUAGAGAAGCCAAAGCUGUCUUCCACACACAUUACACUACAAUACACAUUAAGAUGGUAAAUCAAAGCCCGUGGAGAUUUCUGGCUCUUGUCAUUUGGUGUGGAAUCCUUACUAUUACCAUGGUGAUCCUGGCAGGUUUCAUCAUUAACAUGAAUCAGAAGGUUUCCACCAGUCUUCCAGUCCUCACACAAACUGCUGACAGGAUCAUCGAAGACCCAAUCCCAUUUGAUCCUCCUGUGACUUCAGCAUACAUGACAUACACUUACAUCCAUAUGAUCAUGGGUGAUAAUUUGACAUGGAAGUCUUCUAACUCAAUGAACACAUCACUGAAGCUUGAGGAUAACUCGGUGACAAUUAAGUUGACGGGCUUGUACCUGUUCUAUGGCCAGGUCACCUUCACGGAUGAAGAGGGUACAGUCAAUCUGUUUUUAGAUCGGACAACUUAUACAGCUCAGAGAGGAAUCAGUAAAGCUGUGAAGCCCCGUGGCAAUGGUCAUAGCUGUGUAACCAUAACUGGUGUACAUCAAUUCAAACUUGGUGACAAAGUGAAACUGAAUAUAACUUCAAAAUCACCUUUCAUGGAGGAUGCUGAUAAAACAUACUGGGGGCUUUACUUGCUAUAUCAAAUUAACUGAGUAAAUUAUCUGUUCUGUUUUCUUGAAUUCUUUUCCAACAACAUUUUGUGUUAAAAUGCUAGUGAAGCCUCCUCAUUAUUUUAGAUAUGCAUGGAUAUAUACUAAAAACACAUGUUUUAUGGCAAGGACAUACCAUGAAAAUUGAACUCAGAAAUGCAGAAAUGACAAUGUGCUGUAAUAAACCUAAGUGCAAUAUAAUAUAAUAGGACCACAUAUUUUAUAUUGAAUCUUA